AUGUCGGGAGGCGGUGGACCAUCUGGAGGCGGUGGAGGCGGCGGUGGUGGCGGUGCGGGCGGAGGUGGCGGUGGUUCCGACAUGGAGCAACAUCUUCAUCACACUGGUUUGGGCUCGGUGACACCUGGACCGCCGGGUGGUAACGGCGGCGAUAGCACGACAUCGAGCACACCGGUCUCCCAGAGCGGGAAAUCAGCUUUCAUCGAGCUGCAACACAACAAUCUGUACAAUCCCGCGAGUUUACGGGGCGGUUACCCCGGUGGACACAAUGUGCCCGGUGCCCAUCAGUUCUCGCAUCAGGUCGGCGCGUUGGGACAUCAAACGUCCGGCCCCGGUAGCGGGAACCAACAACACGCGGAGGCAGGAUUCCCCAGUCCUAGGUCCGCGCUAGCCGGAUAUCCGUUCGCGCCCAUGCAUCAGCACAACGCUUACGGAUAUCACCUGGGAUCGUACGCGCCCCAAUGCCCCUCGCCGCCCAAGGACGGUGAGUACCCCAACUACCUCUCGCCACUCGGCGACAAGGGCGGCAGCCUCGUCGACGAACUGGGCGGCGGCGGCGGUGGCUCGUUGAGAAACGGUAAAGGCAAGAAGAUGAGAAAACCACGGACGAUCUACAGUAGCCUGCAAUUGCAACAGCUCAACAGGCGGUUCCAGAGGACGCAGUACCUCGCGCUACCGGAGAGAGCGGAGCUCGCGGCGAGCCUUGGACUGACGCAGACGCAGGUGAAAAUCUGGUUCCAGAACAGAAGGAGUAAGUACAAGAAGAUGAUGAAGGCGGCGCAGCAAGGCGGACCCGGAGGACCAUCCCCUCAACCGGGACAACCCGGAAGCCUCAUGCAAGGAGGGGGCGGAAGUUCGGUAUCGGGCAGUCCGACGACGGGCUAUCUCGGCGGUAUGGGCGGUGGUGCAGGGGGUCACACCCCCGGCAGUUCGAGCCCCGGAAGCGAGAUGUCGCCUCAGCACAACGAAAGCCCGCCUGCGCCCUCCUGGCCGGGCGAGAUGAAGCACCAUCCGCAUCCGCACGCGCCACCACACACCCACCACCACCCCCACACGCCUGGACACCAUCCACCCCCGCCGCCACCGCCGCCGCAUCACGCGGGUUACAUGCCACAGUACUCCUGGUACCAGGCGGACCCCAAUCCCGGACUACUCACGGUGUGGCCGGCGGUUUAACGAAGAUGUCCCUCGAGCUGUGUGCAGGAGGAACCGUUUCAUCGUAGCACCGCGGCCGUGCCAGCGCC